GGGGAAAACAAACGCUCCCGCGGCCGCCCUGCCCCAUUUCCCGGCGCGGCGGCGAAGGCAGGCAGGCAGGCAGGGGAGGGCGGCGGGGUCUCCGUCUCCUUGCCUCCCUCCUUUGCCGCCUCCGACAUGAAGAUGCACUUCAGCAUCCCGCUCUCCGAGGAGCUCCUCGAGAAGUUUGGCGGCCGCUACGUGCUGUAUUCUGUGUAUCUGGAAGGCUUCCUUUUCUGCAAAGUUCGUUACAGUCAACUGCACCGCUGGAAUGAACAGCUGAGACGUGUGUUUGGACGAGGCAUUCCUUCCUUUCCUCCGAAAUUCUACCUUGCAAUGACAAAGUCAAUGGCCGAUGAAAGGAGAGCUAACCUAGAGCAGUAUCUACAAAAUGUGUCCAUUGAUCCUAGUAUCACAAACAGUGAAGUCUUUAUCAGUUUCUUUAGGAAACUACAGCAGGACACUUUCAAAAUCCAGACCCAACGAGCCUUUCUGGAUGUUUAUCUUCCUGAUGGGAGAUAUCUCAGAAUUGAUGUCCAGACCUCAGAUACUGCUGAAAGAGUGCUAGAGGUUGUAUCCUACAAGAUUGAGCUUUCAAGAGAACUAAUAGGAUAUUUCAGCUUAUUUCUUAUUCAAGAUCACAACAAUGGAGAGCUGUCUGUACUGAAAAAACUGGCUGAAUUUGAACUGCCCUAUGUGAGUCUUCGCAGCAUGAAGGAGCCGUCUUGUAAAAUUGGGAUCAGAAAAUGGUACAUGGAUCCUUCCCUCGAUAAAAUGCUUGUGGACUGUAGAACUGCAGUGAAUUUACUCUAUAUGCAGGUUGUACAGGAAAUUGAAAAGAAGUGGCUCAGGCCUAGUGAUGGGCAGAUGCAGAAACUUCAGAUCUUCCAAAAGGCACCAAACAAAAUGAAGUUCUUAGAGCUGGUUCAGGAGGUCCAGCACUAUGGCUAUAUACAGCUUGAUCCUUGCUCUUGUGACUACCCCGAAGUAGGCUGUACAGCUGCUAUUCAUGUUGGAAAUAAUGAGAUUAGCUGCUGCAUAAAGUUGCCUAGUAACCAGAUCAAAGAGGUCAGCUUCAAGAUCAACCGGGUGAGGUGCUGGCAGGUCACAUUUCUGGGAUCUGUUACAGGUCAAGGACUUGACCAGUUUUUGGAACUCAGGUUUGAGUACAACGAUUCAGAUACAUGGAGAUGGAUCGUCUUCAACACAAAACAGGCAUUUCUACUAAGCAGUUGCUUGAAAAAGAUAAUAUCGGAGCAGCUAAUGACAGCAACCAAAAGUGAUCAAGAAAUGCAGAUUGAGCUUCCUCAACCGGAUAAAGCAAAGAAAGCAAGCAUCCAUCCAAGUCAGAUAUUUCAUUCCGGUUUUAAGUCAAGAAAAAAGAUCACGACUAGCAGAUCAAACGAGGAUGACUGCGUGUUUGAGAAAAUAAGUGAAGAAGACUUGUGAUCUUCAGCUGCUGCAACUGGGAUUUUUUUUACCAAAAGGAAAAGUCAACUUUUACUGCGUUUGUCCUCAAGUGGCAGCCUAUAUUUUCUAUCUCCUUUUUGGAUAGAAUGUCUGUAUUCUUGAUAAUUUAAAAACACUAGGAAAUCAUGCCUGGACGAGCCAUAAUUUAUGACAUUUGGAACGAAAUCUGUAAAUAUUUUUGCACAUAUACUUUGUUUUAAUUUUAUUUUCUAAAUAUGUACAGGAACUUUAAAAAAAAUGGAAGACAGCUUUUUGUUUACUGCAAGUGUUGGAGAAAAUGUGACAUUAAGUCAGGCAUGGGCAAACUUCGGCCCUCCAGGUGUUUUGGAUUUCAACUCCCACAAUUCCUAACAGCCUACCGGCUGUUAGGAAUUGUGAGAGUUGAAGUCCAAAACACCUGGAGGGCCGAAGUUUGCCCAUGCCUGCAUUAAGUGGCUAAUCACAGGAAUGUUGACUAUUGUUCUAUUCUGUUUCAAGGGAGGCACAUUUUCUCUGCCACUUUUCACCCCGAUGGUAAAUUAACAUUACGCACCAAAUCAUUCUGGUAGGGUCUUCCUAUAUGCAUAGUACAUGGUGCAAUCUCUUCCUGAUCUUGUAUUUAUUUAUAAGACUUUUCUGGAGUUUUUGGCUUCCCCUACGAUCUGUCUGUCGCAUGAAAAUGUGCAUUUAACGUGUUUGUUAAAUCUCUUCCUCCCCUUUUUGCUGGAAUGCAUUGUUACCCUCAGGGCUCUUGGGACUUGCCUCCCCCCCUCUAACUGUUCCAAUACAAUACAGCCUCUGUCUGUUUUUUAAAACCUAUUGCAUUUUAUAUACGGAAUUUUUAAACAAUAAUUAUGCAGGAUGGGGUGAGGUAACUUGUAGCAAAAGCUUACCGAUAUGCUAAAUAUAAACACUGUGAAAGCAA